AUGGAAGAAGAACUGCGAUGUGUAGACCCUAUAAGUCUGUUGAACCGUUGGUUCGAGAUCGCCCUUAACCUCUGCCAGAAGGGCCGCUCGUACUUCUGUCUAGCGACGGCAAACCCAGACGGUACAGCGAGCAGUCGGAUGGUGGUGCUUGUUGGCAACGGACCCGAACGGUCGUCCGUGCCGUUCGUCUCGGCCUGUUUCUACUGGCAGCCACUCCAGUGUCAGAUUAUCACCGAUGAGUCGUUUCGUACUGUGUUGAAGGAAGAGACCAUCAGAAUCUUCCACAAGCACACGUUCGACUGCCAGGUGACCGCUGCGGCCUUGGAGUUUCAGAGCUCGGCCAUCACUAAAAGGCGGCAAUGGUCGUUGCCAAGAAGUCGUUUGUCAAUCACCUACUGCCGUCCAAGCAGAGUAAUGCCCUGUCUUGCCGUGAUCACGUUAUUGGAUACGUCAUCGUGUCGUCGUCGAUCGAGUUCUUUCUCAGCAGAGACGAUCAUUCGACAGAUCGCACCAGAUUUUGUAAGUGUGAGGAUCGACCAACCUCGCGAUGAACACAAGCAUGUCUGA